GCGGGCGCGGAGUGUUGGGGUACGGCCGGAGGGCUUCGGGCUGGGAGUGCUGACAGGCUCCGGGCAGGCUCCGGGCAGGCUUGGCGGGCGGGCUUGGCGGGAGAGGCGGCGAUGUCACCUGUCCCGUGCCAGCUCUGCAUCCCGGUGCCGUCGUGGAAGUGUCGCAGCGCUGAGCGAGAGCUCUCUCGACAGCCCUGAUUUGCCCCGUUCAGAGCGUCCUCCCAGCUCCGUGUCGGUGCCUGAAGUCGAGCGCUUUUCCCUGCGAGAGGGCUCCACUGUACUGCAGCCUGUGGCAGCCUUCCUCUGGGCUUUGAGAGCAAUACAUGUCCUGUGUGAAAAUGCUGCGCUAUUGGGGUGAGAUUCCAGUUUCAUCAAACCAGGCCAACCGCAGCUCCUUUGACCUCCUGCAGCGUGAGUUUCGUACCGUGGAAGUCCAGGACCCUCCACUGCAUCAGCCCUCUGCCAACAAGCCCCGUCCCACCACCAUGCUGGACAUCCCCUCAGAGCCCUGCAGCCUCACCAUCCACACCAUCCAGCUCAUCCAGCACAACCGGAGGCUGCGCAGCCUGAUCGCCGUGGCUCAGGCUCAAAACCAGCAGCAAGCUGAGGGCAUAAAAACUGAAGACAACGAACCUCUGCCCUCUUGUCCUGCCUCUCCACCUCUCCCUGAUGACCUGCUCCCUCUGGACAGCAAAACCCCCAAAAUGCCAUUUCAGCUGAGGCACAGUGACCCAGAGAGUGAUUUCUACAGAGGAAAAGGGGAGCCAGUGACAGAGCUGAGUUGGUCCUCCUGCCGGCAGCUUCUCUACCAGUCAAUGGCCACCAUCCUGGCACACACAGGCUUUGAGUGUGCCAAUGAGAGUGUCCUGGAGACCCUGACAGACAUUGCCCACGAGUACUGCUUGAAAUUCACCAAACUGCUGCGCUUUGCUGUGGAUCGGGAAGCUCGUCUUGGGCACACCCCUUUCCCUGAUGUCAUGGAGCAGGUAUUCCAUGAAGUGGGCAUUGGCAGUGUUCUCUCUCUGCAGAAGUUCUGGCAGCACCGCAUUAAGGAUUACCACAGCUACAUGCUUCAGGUUAGCAAGCAGCUCUCUGAAGAGUAUGAGAAGAUUGUCAACCCUGAGAAGGCAGCAGAGGACACAAAGCCUGUGAAGAUUAAGGAGGAACCUGUUAGUGAUAUUACUUUCCCCAUAAGUGAGGAGCUGGAAGGAGAUCUGGCUUCUGGUGAUCAGUCUUUGCCUGUUGGGGUCCUUGGAGCUCAAAGUGAGCGCUUCUCUGCCAACCUGGAAGUAGAAGCUUCCCCACAGACUUCAGGGGCUGAAGUGAAUGCUUCCCCACUCUGGAAUUUGGCACAGGUAAAAAUGGAGCCACAGGAGAAUGAGGAGGGCAAUGUACAUGGCCAUGGUGUUCUGGGCAGUGAUGUCUUUGAGGAACCAAUGUCGGGCAUGAGUGAAGCUGGGAUGCCACAGAGCCCUAAUGGCUCUGAGAGCAGCUAUGGUUCUCAUUCUGCUGACAGUCUGAUGGGAUCCUCUCCUGUCUUCAACCAGCGCUGCAAGAAAAAGAUGAAGAAGAUGUGAAAAGAGACAGUCUUUUUAUUUAAUCUUGAUGGUGUGUAAUAGACUUGAAAACAAGUAAGAGAGCACUAUGGUGGCUGUGAUUCCUGAACAGGGCUGGCCCUGGUGCAUGAGGGACCUUGCAUAAAAUUAGGAUGAAACAUUAGAUGUGUAGUGCACUUCAGCUCCCCUCUUUGCUGGCUCUGUACUCCAGCCUGACUCAUGAGAUGGAAGAUCAUCUUUUACAUUUGAUGGUGUCAUGGCUUUGGUAUGAAGUUACCAGUUAGAAGUUAACAGUGGAAAGGAGUUUUGAGGAGAUUUGCAAAGUCAUAGAAUCAUUAAAUAAUUUGGGUUGAAGGGAUGCCUUAAGGUUUCUAAUUUCUAUUCCAGCCCCCUGCUUGAAGCACAGCCAAUUAGAUCAGGUUGCUUAGGACCCUGUCCAGUUUUGACUAUUUCGAAGGGUGGUGAUGCCAGACUUUCUUUGGCUUUUUCCACAUAUUUGACUACCUUCACAGUAAGAGCAAAUAUAUUCUUGCAUCCAGUUGGAAGUUCUUAUGUUCUAACGUGUACAUUGCCUUUGUUUUGUCAUUGUUCUCCAAGAAGAGCCUGACACUGUCUUCUCUACCCUGUCUGUUAAUGUGUUUGUAAACAAUGAGAUCUCUCUUUAUCUUCUUUACUUAAGUCUGAAGAAACGAAGCUCCCCAAGAUUCUCCUUGUAUGUGCUGUGCUCCAUCCCCCUACCCAGCUUUGUGGCCUGGAAUUCCACAGAAAUUUCUGCAGUGCUCCUCCUGUAAGGGGGAGCAGAAAAGCAGAGGCAGUCUUCCAGAUACCGCCUCACAAGCACCUAAUAGAGAGAAAUAACUUCCCUCAGUAUGCUAGCUACAUUCUUGCUAACUUGCAACAAGUUCCCAAGUCAUGUUAUUUUACUCUUGGGAGCUUUUGCUGCUGUUGACCU